AUGGCAGAGGAGGAGACCAGCGGCUCGGAAGAAGAAACUACAGAGUGCAAACUACAGGAUGAAUUGGUGCAUACAUUGAAAUACUGUGUUAAGAAAAUGAAAGCAAGACACAAUAAGGUUCCAGAGAUAAUAGUGAAAGUUAAAUUAAAUGGGAUACCAAUUGAUAUGGAAUUGGACACGGGAGCUUCUGUGUCACUGAUAAGUGAAGAGUUCUACGCUAAACAUCUGAAAAAUACAGUACUUCAAUCCAGCAAUAUUGUGCUGAAAACCAUGACGGGAGAAAAAAUAGAAGUCGUCGGGAUAUGCUACGUAACUAUGGAAGUUCAUGGACACAGAGUGGAGGAAGUGCCAUUGUAUGUGGUACAGGGAAAUGGACCUGCCUUGUUCGGUAGGGACUGGCUGCAUUUUGCGAAAUUUGACUGGAAAAAGUUAGCUGUAAAUCAUCUGCAUUCUGGUAUUCUGAAAACCUCAAAGUUAGAAGAAUUGUUAAGGAAAUAUGGUGAUGUCUUUGAUGGUGAACUGGGUACAGCCAAGAAUAUAAAGGCUCAUAUUCGUGUAAGAAAGGAUGCAAAACCAUUCUUUUAUAAAGCGAGGACAGGUCCUUAUGCAAUCAGGGAUGCUGUGAAUGCAGAACUUAAAAGACUAGAAUUGGAAGGAAUUAUUGAGAAAGUUGACUAUAGUGAGUGGGCGGCACUGAUAGUGCCCGUUUCAAAAGACAAUGGUUCUAUUAGGAUCUGUGGUGACUUCAAGGUCACCUUAAAUCGUUAUGUGGAAAACCCUGAACAUCCAAUGCCAAAUCCAGAUGAACUAUACCAGUGA